AUGGAUUAUCUGACGUUCAAAGGUCUACAUUUUGAUGAAACUAUCGAGGAGACGGCCGAUUUUUUGCUCAAUGGCGAGAAACACCCCAGUAUCGUCGCAAAGGAUACGCUACCGGUCCGGUAUCUCGAUGAAUUCAUCAUCAGGGACGAGAAUACAGGAAAGAUGAUCUCAUUAGAUGAGAUUGAGUCGGACAUCUCUGAUAGCUCGCCGUACUUUGUCGGCUGGGUAUCUCCCAAGCUCGAGGAGCCUCCAAGUGCAGCAGAGGCUGUAGAGCUGGAACGUGUUUUCAUCCGGUCAUCGUCUAUAUUCAGUAUUUGGCAAUCGCAAGAGCCAGAGGAGAACCAAAUGGUCUAUGAAGAGAGCUCAAUCUGGAUUCGAACCGAGUUUAGCUGGUAUAUCCUCGACAAGCCGGAUCCAUCCUAUCGUGCCUUGUUCAAACAGCCGUACUUGAGGCAUGCCAUCUUUUUAUCCGUUGUGCAUCAGGCUUCAAGAUACAAGGACACUACACUGGAGAGAUUCUUUGGUAAUGUCCGGAAGAAUGAGAUCAAGUGGGCUCGAGAGGAUUUGGGGGAGCCCUUUGUCACAGAGGAGGAUGUCAAGCGGGUGAUCCCAGACGUUUUGCAUCACGCGUUUCAACUAGAUCCAAACGAAGAACCCGAGAUUCACGAGGUUGCUUAUACGUCGCUCUUUCACCUUCUCUGUCAGCAUUAUGCUCCAGAACUCCUUUACCGGCUCCGAACCUCGCCUGAUCUCUCAAACUACAUGACAGAGGACAAGAAUUCUACAUCCGGCUCAGAAGAGUCGAUGCGAGCCUCUCGUAUUCCUCAAAGUCGAACGAGUCGAUAUCCAUCCGAGGUCAUUUCUUCCAGAGGCCAACUGUCCCCCACGUUCUGUACUCCCUUUAUCCAGAGGCUAGCGGGGCACUACUUUCCUAGUCUGCGGGUGAGACAAGAAGCUGGUGAAAUCUCGGAAGGGGACGAGGUCAACGAGCUCCUACGAACCGCAGACAAUGCCGAGGACGAUUGGAUGCUCGAUACAUCUCCUCCAGAACUAAAUUCAAUACUAUGGGACCAAAGUCGGAGCAUAUCAUGGCUGGAAAUAAGCGGGGAGAGAUUCGAGUUGGGAGAUGUCGUCUUCAUUCGUCCGGACCCUGAUCUCGAAGGAAACAAAAUUAAUCCUCGCAUAACCUUUGAGGAUGUGCAUAUUCAGAUCGAAAUCGGCAAAAUCAUCAGAUUCUCACUCGAUCAUUCCCAGCACGUCCAGGUUCACGUGCUCUGGUUCAUUUCUGCCCGCAACUCUAGCCUCGACUGCUCCGAAGAGAUACCCGGUCAAUCAUUUAAACCCAUUUCACAUCCUCAAGAGCUAGUGUUGAUUGAUGAUUGUGAAAAUGUACCGGCCAGCCGCAUCAUAGGCCAUUGCCACGCACAAUAUCUCGACAUCGAGUCAGCAGAGCCAGCACCAAGUCCUCGAGCACGCUCAUUCUUCUACCGUUAUUUUUGGAAUCAGGAGAACGACGACGCCUAUCUCGACGCGUCUGUCUUCCUAGACCAAUUCAGUGAAACGAACGUUGACAAUGACAAUGCGUGUUCAUCCUGCCGAAGCUCUACGCGCGUGGAACUGAAGAGCAGAACACGGGAGACCGAAGACGGUGUUAGCGUGGGCGACGUCGAAUACCAUCUACACGACUUUGUCUACCUCCAAAACAAGUCUCCAAAUCUUCCUUAUAUUAUAGGGCAGAUUACGGGGAUUGACCUCGAAACAGUCUCGAUAGCCCGCAUGUAUCGUAUCCAACGGCCAUUCAACAACUCUCACUAUCACAACGAUCGACUUCUCAACCCCCCAGUUCGAACCUCUGCCACGUACAAUACGCAAGAACUUCAAGGCAAAUGCUUCAUUGUCAAUCCCAAUCCAGAUGACUUUCGACUACCGGACGAUCAUUUCGCAUGUUCUUUACCUUCGAGCCAUCCUCGAUGUACUCGAUGCCGAAAUAAUGUGCUUAUUCAAUCUGGAGUGCUUCACUGCUUGGAUCUAUUUAGCGGUGCAGGCGGACUUUCAUUGGGCCUAGAGGCUUCAGGAGCGGUGCAGACUAAAUGGGCAGUUGAGUAUGAUUCUAGCUCUGCUGCGACUUUCCAACAAGCGCAUCCAGAUGCCAUUAUGUUCAAUACAUGCAUUAACAAAUUGCUUUCUGGGGUUCAGCAGCGGGAUGAUGCUGGUGAACUAGAUAGGAAUAGUCCCCAGCUUGACCAGUUUCCCAAGCCCGGCGAAGUCGACAUUAUUGUUGGAGGCCCCCCAUGUCAGGGAUUCACUCGAUUGAAUCGUCAUCCACGAGCGGACGAUGCUCGAAAUCAAUUGAUAUUGUCGUUUAUGUCCGCAGUCGACCUUCUUCAGCCUACCUACGUCGUCUUGGAAAACGUCCGCGGUCUCCUGACAUUCAGACUUGGCGCAAUCCAAACAAAUCGUUAUACGUUGGAAGGAGGUAUACCGAGAGGGGUCAUCAUUCUGGUCAAGCGCCUACUCACGGCAAUGAAUUACCAAGUCCGGUACGGAGUCCUCAACGCUGGACAGCAUGGUGUGCCGCAAAUCCGACGCAGAGUGUUUGUGAUCGCUGCAAAGCGAGGCAACUUGCUGCCAGAUCUACCUCAACCAACGCAUGUUGCGAUGCACGCGACACACAACACCGUGACGGUCGAAGAGGGCAAGGUAUACACAGUGAGCCGACGUCGGGAGAAUAACGCGCCACUCUAUGCCGUUACAGUAGGAGAUGCCAUCACAGAUCUCCCACAAUGGGAAUGGGUCAACCCGCACAAGCUAUACAAAAGAACGACUCGGGUUAAGCAGGAAGAGCUGGAGCGCAGAUGGAAACACGGAAUCCUGGCGAUAGACGUCAAAUCACAGCCAAUAUCCACCUCCCUACCUGUUUGCGGCCCCGACAGCCCGCUUCAGUAUCCGCUCCCUGCUUUGACAAACUAUCAACUCUUGAUGCGUGAAAGGUCCACCACGGUCACUCAACACUGGACGCCUGCUCUUAAUGAACUCGAGAUAGAACGUGUGUGCAACAUUCCGUUCAAAUCCAAGCGUGGUGAUAGAGUGGUUCCGGAUCAUCACGAUCUCCCAAGUCGGCUUCGUAGACCUGGUUGGGCGGAUAGACAGCAGCUUGAUGGUCGCUAUGGUAGACUCGACGCUGAAGACGUAUUUGCCACCUCGCUUCAUCGAAUCCUGACUAUCCGGGAGGCCGCUAGGUCGCAAGGAUUUCCAGAUCAUAUCGACUUUCGGCACGAAGACAACAACGUAAAGCUCAUCACACAACAGAUCGGAAACGCAGUUCCCGUUCCACUGGCGGCAGCAGUCGGGCGAGAGAUUGCCAAGGCGCGUCGCGCACUGGCGGAAGGACGGGAGGGUUCUGUCGAACUCUGA